AUGGGGCUUUCCACUGCUUUUGAAAUAGCUUGCAAUUUCACUAAACCUGAAAAAAUUUUGCUUGUCGAUGAAGGUUACUUUGUCAACUCGGCAAGCUACAAUGCGGCAGGAGUUCUUGCCACACAGGGUGCUCAGUUCUUUCUUUCUCCCCUGCGUAAACAAAUUGUUACAUCCACUAGAAGUUAUCCUCAGUGGCUUCAAAAGCUCUCUAAAGUGGUAGGAGCAAAAGAGAAAGUAGAUGACUUAUUUGAAUAUUCUUCAGUUGAUGAUUACUACAUUUACAAUCUCAAUGAUGAAGCAGAAAAAGCUGUUUAUGACAAGCGCUGCCGAAGAUUGAAAAGAGAAAAUGCUAAUGAUGGUAUUUUUAUUGAAGGGAUACCCGAUUGCCUUAAAGCAAUGGGAUUGAAUACCGAAAAAGACUGUUCUUAUUACCAGACUAUUUAUUUCCAAAACCAUCACACUAUUUCUUCUAAGAAAUUAUUGGACUGUUUAUUAGUUGCUGUUGAGAAACUUGGAGUGAAGAUUGCUCAUUCGUCGGUAAUUGACAUUGAUCGAAAAGGACAAUUGAAAUUGAUUUCUACAAAUGGUGAAGAGCAAUUUAUUCAUGGUAAGCAAAUCAUCCUCACUGGUGGCAAUCGGACAAAAAAAUUACUUGAAAAACUAAGCUAUUCACAUCGCCUCAAAAGUUUGCAGGGACUUCUCCUUGUUCUGGAAGCAUUCGAUAGUUUAAAAAAUAUAACCAAUCAAAACAAGGAAAUAAUGACCCAUCUACCCAAUAAAAGGUAUUUAGUCCAAAAAGACAAUAGUAUUUUUUAUGGAUCCAUUAACAUUCCAGUGGAAGAAGAUUAUUAUGAAGAAAGUGUACAAAAAAAAUACCAAGACAUUCUCUUAAAAGAAAUUGAAGAACUUUUCCCUUCCCAAACCAUCAAAAUCAAGCGGACACAAGGAGGUCACCGUCCUUAUAAUGUGGACAAGCUACCUUUAUUUGGGUUUUUGACUGAAAACAUAUGGAUCAAUACCGCUCAUUAUAAAAGUGGAUUAGCUUUAGCUCCUCUUCAUGCGGGGAAAAUGGCUGAAAUGUUUUUUAAAAAUUUAGAAAGUGUCGAAAGGAAAAGUGAAUUAAAAGAAAGUCUUUUCGAAGGAGAUUGGAAAGAAUUCUAUCCCCUUUAUCCUAUUAGGAAGAGAGGGCUAAAACUUUUUUCUUAA